ACCUCUGGCUGCAGCCGUUAGGAUUUGAACCAUUUGAACGGUUUGGGCGGGAGAGGAAGGAAGGAAGGUCUCCAGAGCCGGGGAACUAGAGACGCGGGAUAGAAGCCAGCUACGGGGAAAUUGUAACUCGGGGGACCGCACACGGGAGAGGUGCCACCAUGAACGAUCCGGAGAGCCUUUCGCAGCUUCUGCAGGUUUAUGCCCGCAAGACAGAGGAUUUUUUUCGUCUUCUAGACAGCAAGCAUAUGGUAUGGCUCCAGGAGAUAGAAGAUGCAGCCAGAAAGAUGUUCAGCAGUGAUUUCACUGCUGAGCCAGAGCUAAUGCCAAAGACUCCAUCUCAGAAGAGACGUAGAAAGAAGAGAACAUCGAUUGUGCCUGAGAAUCGAGAUCCCAGUGGGCGCAGGAUAUCCAGGAGGAGAAGUAGUGUCAGCUGGACCACAUCAGUACGCAGGUUGUCUUCUCGAAAUAUAGCUAAACCACUAGAUACAUCCAUUAAGGAUGAGACCGAGCAGCAGCCUAAGAAAAUGACAAGAUCCAAGGCACAAGCCAGCAUAACAUGCAUGCCUGUAGCUGAGAAACCACUAGAAGACACAUUGAUGGCUACAGACCGUGUUCUACAGGUGAAGAUUAGUUCAGAGGAACGUCGUAGUGCAGAGGUGCAGCUCUCAGAGGUGAUUAAGUCAGUCUCUGUGGACAAAAAUCCUCUCCAAGAAACUGUUGUUCCAACUUCCUCUGCUCCACCAGCGGUCUCUACUGAUGAGCCAUCAGCUCCCGCCACUCCCGAGAAAAAUAGUCGCACUGCAGCCAAAUUAAAGAUUGCCGACAGCUCCACACCUAAGGUGCAAGCAGGGUCUAUAGAUCUUACACUUGACUCUCCUCCGCCUAUUGCACAAGAUGCAAAGCAGCUUGCUCUUGAACUGUCAAACUACAGUGUGACACCCACAGGGUCAAAAUCUGACCGUCGGUCUGUCCGCCGUAGCAUCGUUGGACGGAAAUCAACCAGCUGUCGAGCAUCUCUGGCUAACCAGUACUCUCUCUCCAACAAACGUGAAAGUAUGACAAAAGAAGCCGUGCGUAAAUCCAUUCGCCGCUCAGCUUCACGGAAGAAAACUUCAGAGAGAUCAACUUCUUCUAGCUAUAAGAGCUACCAGAGCUCUGUUGAAAUAGUUGAUGACGAAAUCACAGUGAAAAUCAAACCAGAAACUGCCCAACCUGUUGAGGAGGCCCCUGAAGACCAUAAACGUUCUCUGCGAACACGGGCUUUUAACAAGAUCGCAAUUAGCAAGCAGGCUGCCUCCGAGCCGCAACAGAUGGUGACUGCUGAAACUGUUUCAGACACGGAUGAUCAAACUAUAAGCAGGAGGAAAAGUUAUAAGCGUGCUAUGGAUGAUCUAUCUGAUGGUGACCAAUCCAUUAAUGAGCAAGUGAACUCUCCUCCCAGGAAGAAGACUCCUUCUCCCCCGUGUCCUCCCAGUAAAGUUAUAAAGCCGCCUCCUCAUAUGAGGACUUUCCUGCAUACAGUACAGAAAAAUCAACUGCUAAUGACUCCAGGCUCUAUUGGGAAAUGUCUUAUUGCAAAAUCCUUUAUAAAGCGCAACACUCCUCUGAAAGUAGACCCCAAGACAGAUGAGAAAGAGCGUCAACGCCUGGAAACUCUCCGCAAGAAAGAGGCGGCUGAAGUUCUACGCAAGCAGAAAAUAGAGGAGGGAAAGAAACGCAAACAGGAGGAUCUCAAGUUAAGGAGAGAAGAGCGUCAACGUAAGGUCCUGCAGGCUCGUGAGAGAGUAGAGCAAUUGGAAGAAGAGAAAAAGAAGAAAAUGGAACAGAAACUUGCACAAAUAGAUGAGAAGAGUGAAAAGGUGAGAGAGGACCGCUUGGCUGAGGAGAAGGCCAAAAAGAAAAUGACUGUUAAAAAACAGGAGGAGAUAGAUAACAGGCGACGGCAGGAGGAGGAAGCUCGGAAACUGAAAGCUAAACAGCUGGAGGAAGAAGAGCGUAGACAGCAUGAACUUCUUCUCCAGAAAAAGCGGGAAGAGGAGGAACAGGAAAGGCAAAGAAUGCUUGCUGAGGCCAAAAAAAUGGAACUGGAACGUGAAAGACAACUAGCAGCUGAAAAGGAAAGGGAGCGCCUAGAAAGGGAGAGAGCACUUCAGUUACAGAGGGAACUAGAGCAACAGCGCAAAGAGGCUGAAGAACGCAAGAGGAAGGAGCAGCAAGAGGGGUUGGAACAAGAGCGUCAAGAAAGAUUGCGUAAAGAAAUGGAGGCACAGAAACGCAAAGAACUGGAGGAGCAGAGACUAAGAGAAGAGCAGGAGAGAAUUGCAAAGGAAAAGCAGGCAGCUGUUGGUGCCCAAACACUGAAUGUAACUAUGGAUAUCCAGAACUCCCCAGCCUGUGAAUCUUAUGAGAUGACUCCAAAGGGCUACAAAGCUCCAUCUAUGAAAAUCAACGAAGAUGACUAUGGCAUGGACCUGAAUAGUGAUGAUUCCACAGACGACGAAAGUAAACCUCGUAAGCCCAUUCCAGCAUGGGCCUCCGGAAAUCAACUAUCCCAAGCAAUGUGUCGGCAGUACUACCACCCCAUAGAUGUGGACAAAUUCUAUGGCAUCAUUGACAGCCCAAAAUUAGAAGACCUGUUUUAUAAGAGCAAACCACGAUAUAACAAGCGCACUAGUUCUGCAGUAUGGCACUCGCCUCCGCUAAACAGCAACAGGCAGCAUCUUGCUGUGGGCUAUGGGCUGAAGAAAUACUGAGCUUUGGGAACUGCAAUCUUACUGGCCCACACCUCGGACUACUGCACGCUGCUCUUAAACUUGUCUGUCUAAACGUCAAUUUUAUCUGUUUUAUAUAUAUAUAUAACUUUUUUUUGGUUACAGGCUCUCUUAUAUAUGUGUAUGGUAGGGGCGUCUCAUUUUAAAAAUAAAGACUUUAAGGAUUAGUACAAUUUCUGCAUUUAGUAAAUUGAUAUUUUUAUUGUAGGGAUAAUAUAUCAAUUGCUACUGUAUGGGAGUCCUACUGCUCAUUGUGAGUUUAGAAAAUAAUGACUCCUAUCAGAUCUGUAAGAAGAUUAAUUAUGUUAAAAUUUUGUACAUAUAGGAUUGUAUUGGGUGCUGGUCACGUGUGGCUCUGGCACGGGAGAGAAUUUCAAACCUGCAGUUUUCACUGUUAAAAUUUGCCUUUGGAUUAGUAGGCAAAUUAGUGGUUUGUAUUGCUUUUAUUUAAAUAAAUUGAUAAAGAUCAAUCUGUAUAAAAAAACUAGUUGAUCCAAAUAGGCUGUAAGAGGUUUUACUUUUAUACCAGGUGUAUGCAACCUUCAGAGGGCUAUAUUGUCAUGAUGAGCUAUUUAAUACUCCUUCUGUUGGUCUGUAAACUGUCCAUAGUUGCUUGAAGAUGUCCACGUAUGUGGC